GGACGUGUUUUGAAGUCACACCAAGAUGGCGGCCACCUGCAGUCGAUCACGCCUUCAGUUUCUGCUACACCUUGCCCAAGAUAACCUGGACUUCAGGUUACCGGUAACAUUGCGUAAAUGCUGUUUUCUGAAACUUUUCAGCUCACGAGUUAAAACUUAAAUAAAGAACUUUGAGUAAAGAGCAAAGUUAAGCAGCAAAUGACAACUCUGCGAGCUAGCUCCCUGCUAAUUCAGACUGAACUUUCAGUUUCAUUGAUGUAUCCACCCUUUAAAGGGAAAUUUCACAGACUGAGCAAAUAAAUUAAGCUGUCUUCCAUUAAAGCAGUGUCGUCCUGGGAACAGUUUAUCAGCCUCUUUGGUGGCAUUUUUCCCCCAAAGAACCAAAACAAAAAUGAUCAACUUUUGAUCUCUGUACCUUUUGUGUUGUUGUUGUUUUUACAGGAAAUAAAAGCUUUGUUGGCCCUCAGAGGAAAACCCUUCCUUCCUGGUGUGAACUUCAGUGAACAGGUUUGCCCUUCCUAGUGUGUCUUAAAUGACUUUACAGUGAUGCUCAUUCAUGUACCCGAGUGUCCCUCACCUUUGAUUUUGGUGUUUACGUCCUUCAAGUCCUUGUACACAUGAUGAAUAUAUAUGUAUAUCAUUUACAUGAAUGCAAUUUUUUUACUCUACAAAUAGUGGAAAUGUUAAAAUCUGAGAACAACGAGACUGCUGAGGCUUAUUUCAAGCUUAGCACUAUUAGAAAACCCAAUUCCAUUAAAGUUGGGAAAUUGUGGUAAACGUAAAUAAAAACAGAAUACAAUGAUUUGCAAAUCCGUUUCAACCUAUAUUCAGUUGAAUACACUACAAAGACAAGAUAUUUAAUGUUCAAACUCAUAAACUUUUUUUUUUUUUUGCAUAUUAUAAUUAACUUUAGAAUUUGAUGGCAGCAACACGUGACAAAGAAGUUGGGAAAGGUGGCAAAAAAUACUGAGAAAUUUGAGGAAUGCUCAUCAAACACCUAUUUGGAACAUCCCACAGGUGAGCAGGCUGAUUGUGAACAGGUGGGUGCCAUGAUUUGGUAUAAAAGCAGCUUCCCCAAAAAUUCUCAGUCGUUCACAAGCAAGGAUGGGGUAAGGUUCACCACUUGCGUGAGUAAAUAGUCAAACAGUUUAAGAACAACAUUUCUCAAAGUGCAGUUGCAAGGAAUUUAGGGAUUUCAACAUCUACGGUCCAUAAUAUCAUCAAAAGGUUCAGAGAAUCUGGAGAAAUCACUGCACGUAAGCAGCACGGCCGCAAACCAACGUGACCUUCGAUCCCUCAGGCGGCACUGUAUCAAAAACCGACAUCAAUGUGUAGAGGAUAUCACCACAUGGGCUCAGGAACACUUCAGAAAACCACUGUCAGUAAAUACAGCUCGUCGCUACAUCUGUAAGUGCAAGUUAAAACUCGACUAUGUGAAGCGAAAAGCCAUUUAUCAACAACAUCCAAAAACGCAGCCAGCUUCUCUGGGCCCAAGCUCAUCUAAGAUGGACUGAUGCAAAGUGGAAAAGUGUUCUGUGGUCUGACGAGUCCACAUUUCAAAUUGUUUUUGGAAAUAGUGGACGUCGUGUCCUCCGGGCCAAAGAGAAAGAGGAACCAUCUGGACUGUUAUCGACGCAAAGUUCAAAAGCCAGCAUCUGUGAUGGUAUGGGGGUGCAUUAGUGGCCAAGGCAUGGAUAACUUACACAUCUGUGAAGGCAACAUUAAUGCUGAAAGGUACAUACAGGUUUUGGAGCAACAUAUGCUGCCAUCCAAGCAACGUCUUUUUCAUGGACGCCCUUCCUGCUUAUUUCAGCAAGUCAAUGCCAAGCCACAUUCUGCACGUGUUACAACAGCGUGGCUUAGUGGAAAAAGAGUGUGGGUACUUGACUGGCCUGCCUGCAGUCCUGACCUGUCUCCCAUUGAAAAUGUGUGGCGCAUUAUGAAGCGUAAAAUACGACAACGGAGACCCCGGACUGUUGAACAACUGAAGCUGUACAUCAAGUAAGAAUGGGAAAGAAUUCCACCUUCAAAGCUUCAACAAUCAGUCUCCUCAGUUCACAAACGUCUAUUGAGUGUUGUUAAAAGGAAAGGUAAUGUAACACAGUGGUAAACAUGCCCCUGUCCCAACUACUUUGGCACGUGUUGCCAUUAAAUUCUGAGUUAAUUAAUAUUUGCAUAAAAAAAGAUAAAGUUUAUGAGUUUGAACGUUAAAUAUCUUGUCUUUGUAGUGUAUUUAAUUGAAUACAGGUUGAAAAGGAUUUGCAAAUCAUUGUAUUCUGUUUUUAUUUACGUUUUUCACAAUUUCCCAACUUCAAUGGAAUUGGGUUUUGUAAAUCAGUUGCAGAUAUGUUGGGAAACUGGCAUGUAGCCUGUUAGCCACAGACUUGAAUAGGUCAGCAUUUCAAUGUUUUCUCCUAUCAGCAUACCAUCACGUGUAAAUCUUUCAUUACCCACAGACAGAACUCAGUUUAUUUGCUGCUCCAGAAAUAAGAGGCUCUGGUUUCCACUGCCUUGUGUGUGGCUGCACCUCUGCAGGUAUUUGGCAAUUGUCAAAAGCCAGGGUGAAGUGUUCGUUUGCCAAAUGUCUUCUUUUCUUUCAGAGUUUUCUAGUUGGCAAAAUCAGCUUUCCUGGUUUUAUAAAUUGGAAUAUGCUGUUUGCCUGCACAAACACUAGAGCAGGAUAUUUGAAAGACGCAAUCACAACUAGAAUAGUCAAGUCUAUCAAAAUCCAUCAUAGUUUAUUAAUGUGGCAGCUUUCAAACAUCAUAGUUGAUGCUUGACAGCUGCCAAAUUCAUAUGAACUAGUCUUGUAGAUCUCCUUUGGUCACAGGCACUCUUCCUCUCUCCUCUUUUCUCUGCAGUCUCCUUUCUGGUGUCUGGAUGGUUUGUGUGAGGAGGAUGUCCGCACCAUUACGGCCAGAUCUGUUUGUGCGAAGUGAGUGAUUUGAUUUUUAAGGAGAGGAAAAAAUGGCCUGCUGUAUACUGAGAUUGAAUGACUUUGAAAUAUUGCACGUAAUGUGUUAUUCUUGCAGGUCAGCUAUUGAGUUGUGGGGUCAUGGAAAAACACACAGCGAGCUUAAAACAUCCCUCCUGAACUAUCCAUCAGAGAACAUGGUAUGUGAUGCUGUGGCUUAUAGCUACUCCUUGUUAAAGUCCAGUCCCUGCAAGCGAAAGAAAACUUAUUUAAUUUAAUUUAUUAUAUUUAUUGUGUAUUCUCUUACAGUUACCAUACAUGCAGAAAGACUCCACAUAUAAAAUCAGCGUCGACACUUUUAACAAGACUCUGCUGUUUCCAGAGAGGAUUAAAAGGAUCGAUGUAAGUAUGUUUAUUACUGCAGGUUUGAGAAUGAUGAAAAGAGGUCAUAGGAAUACUUAUAAUGAAUCUUGUAUUCCUUACAUGGUUUGUAUUGUCUCUGUCCAGGCUUUGGAGUAUCUACCAUUUGAGGGCACAGUGAGUCUAAAGACCCCUGAACACAUCUUCGUUUUGCUGGAGGAUUACGGCACAGACCCUAACAACAUCCCUGAGCACCCAAACUACAUCUAUUUUGGUCGAUGGGUGAGAUACAUUUGUUUACAUUUUACUUUACAAGAGUUCAUCUGCAAAGGAGCACUUUCAGGAGCAUUUUCAUAUUCUCCUCCAUCAGUUGGCAGAUGGACAACGUGAACUGAUUCGCUCCCACAGUGUAAAGAACAGGCACUUCAUAGGAAACACCAGUAUGGAUGCUGGGCUCUCAUUCAUCAUGGCCAACCAUGCUAAGAUCAAAAAGGAUGACCUUGUGUUUGACCCAUUUGUUGGCACAGGUGAGAAAAUCACAUACACAUUCAUACUCACAUUUAAACACCUGUGGAAAUCAGUGUCAUUAAAUGACUUCUGGUCUCUGUAUCUGUUUUUUUUUAGGGAGCCUGUUAGUGGCGUGUUCUCAGUUUGGAGCUUAUGUUUGCGGGACAGAUAUUGAUUACAACAUCAUUCAUGGCAAAGGUAGGAUCUGUUUGCUCAGAGCUCACAGACACACCAACUCUAGUCUCCAGUGUUGUUGCUUUUAUAUUAAACUUUUGUUGAGGGCUGCACGAUUUGUUGCCUGACCAUCACUAUUGCAAUAUGCACAUGUUUGCACAUGUGAAAUAGUCAUGUUACAUGUUGUGCCAUGUUAAGCCUAUGACGUAAACUGAACCAAGAGUGCUGCUAUGGCAGAUGAAAGAGACUUAAAGGGAUAUUGCGGUGUAAAAUUAAUUUAGGGUCAAACACACAGUAACACUAAGUUAGACACCCCCUCCAGAGAUCUAGUUAUACCAACUUUAGUAAUGACCGCACGAAACCAAUACACAGAGUUCCACGUCUCCACGCGCAAACCUCAAUGAAAAAGCCACUCUAUAGCCACAAAUAAUGCUCAGAACAGCACCUAACUUCAUCAACAGUACAUAUAGGGUCCCUGGCAUAGCACUAGCCACCAAACAUCUUUUUAGCUUUGCCUGAUUUCUUUAGCAAAGAGACUAAACACAACUCAGCCACUCUCCUCCAGCAGUUGCUUAUUUGUAGGGGGGAGCCCCAACGACUCGAUCACCGAGUGCAGCGGAUCAUUUUCUUGAAGUAAUAAUCAUCAUCAUCGGUCUGAUUACAUUUCCAUGUAAUAAUGAUCAGAAAUGUUCUUCCUUGAGCUGCGAAACUCCGCGGCACUUGGUGAUCGACUCAUCAGGGCUCCCCCACAGACAAAUCACAUGUUGUGCCAUGUUAACCCUUGACCUAAACUGCACCAAGUUUGCUGUUAUGUCAGAUGAAAGAAACUGCAGCCUCUAGUUGUAUGAAUAUGUGAUUUUUUUUUUUCAUUUCAUAUACGUACACAAAAAACUAUACAUUUGACUUUUCGUUUAUAUUUUUUUGGCUUAUGCAUCUCAGAAAGAAAAUACAUCACAAUAUUGAUUUUUACAAUGUUAUAAAACCCUUCAUAAAAAAUGUAUAUUUGAUACAUGUUUGUAAAUAAUUUCUUGGGGUUAUUUUGAUGCAUAGUGCUCUCAGAUCAAGACUUUGUCCAGCUGUAUUAACCUUUCCUCCAUUCUCAGGUCGGUCAAGCCGUAAAAACCGUACGUGGCGAGGACCGGAUGAGAAUAUUCGAGCCAACCUAAGGCAGUACGGGACAGAGAAGAUGUAUGUAGAUGUAAUGGUGUCUGAUGCCGCUAAGCCUGUGUGGAAGAAGGCCGCUCUGUUCGAUGCCAUCAUUACUGAUCGUAGGUUAUCUUGUUUCUUCUUGACAAACUGCCACUGCUAUUCCAGUCACAAGUGAAACAAUAAUUAAAAAAAAUGUAAUGUACACUUUUAUUAAAGGACCUUUUAGUUUGGUUUUCUUCCUUUUGAUUCUAGCUCCAUAUGGUAUCCGUGAGUCUACAAGGAGAACAGGCUCCCACAAAGACAUCACUAAACCUCCUGAUGGCAUGUAGGUUCACCUGGUGCUCUAUGUCCUAACGGAUUUGAAUCACACAUUUCUAUUGUGAUUUUUUUCACCAGUGUUUCUGUGUUGAUGAUUUGUUUUUUUUUGUCUGUUUGUGUUUAUUUGGUUCUCUGUCCUUCAGCUAUGUAGAGUCUCACGUCCCGGUCUCACAGGCGUACCACCUGAGUGACAUCUUCACUGACCUGCUGCACUUCUCUGCACACCACCUGGUCAUGGGAGGACGGCUUGUCUAUUGGCUGCCAAUCUACAGACCGGAGUGAGUAGUCUGACUUAUCAAAUGGCGUUACUAGCUGAUAACAUAAGUGGCAAUUUUUAACCCCAAAGUCAAGGGUAACUUAACCCUUUGUUGGUCAUGGUUAGUCCUUUAAGGCUUGUCUCCUCACAGUUGAAUAUUGAAGUUUCCCAAUGGGCUUAGACUGAGAGAUAUUUUAGCUUGAGGGCUGCUUUUGUCAGCAGGGGGCAGGCUAACACCACAAACCUGAUUUGAACUACACACUGAUGUGAGCGCAACGCUUGUUAUUGUCUUAUCUAAUUCCCUUAAAGACUAACUCGUACGUGGUUUUGAGGCAGAGUUUAAAAUUUCGCAUGAUGAACUAAAUAGAAUACAUUUAAAAAGAGACUUUUUAGAUGAACGCAGUGAAGGGUUUAAAUUUCUGUAUGAAUGUGUUUACUCAUUUUAACAAAUGACUAACUGAGGUGCAGCAUUAAGCAGGAUGGACUCAGCAGAUAUUGAAUGUAACAUUUAUAAUGGUAUAAAAAGUGUUUAUCACUUUAUUAUGAUCAAUCAUUUGAUACGCGUUAACUUAGAUCUCGACAUAAGUAAUUGGGUUGCUGUCAGUAGGGGCUCCCAUGUUUCUACUGUGGUCAUCAAACUUUUCUUUUUCAAUAGCAAAUAAUUCGAUACAAUAUCUGUUAUUUUUACAUUCAGGAGAAUCAAAGAGCAUCAAAGCCAACGCAAAAAUAAGAUCCACACUUAUCCACCAGAAUCUGCCCUAAGUAAGGGGAUUCUGAGCCCAUACAUAUUCACAGCUGCAGUUUAGUGACUCUUUCUGUACCAGCACAGUGUGCAGGUCGGAGUGUUGGAUACUCAGGUGUUAAUUUUUGUUGCUGUACCAUCAAGACAGGGAUUGAAUAUCAUUUUUUUGUAUGAACAUUUAAAUUGUGACAACCCAUGUGUCUGCAAUAGGACAGAACAGAUUGACUAGUAAGGGCUGUAUGUAGUUUUGUGUUUAAUGCAUCAAGGCUGUAAAAGUACCUCUUUAAAGAACGAGGAAGAGCAGGGUAGUUUUGUGCAAAAGAAUUUGCAAUGGUAGGAGUUCUUGGUAGUAAAGCCUGACAAAUGGAGGAUGGUACUUGGCAUACAUCACAGAGCUUCUUGUUCUUUAAGCUCACAGCUGGCUCUGAAACCUCACCCACAGCAGGGAUCAGCAUGGGAGAAUUUCACUCUUGGUUCUGACAGCUUCAUAUUCUCAUAUCUGCACACUGUAUCUUGAACCUCUUGAAAGUCCUCAGAGAGUUUUUGAGUCUCUUUCAGUUUAGGCCCAGCAGUCCAGCACACAAAAGACUCCCCCACUUUAGUUUUCCACCCUCCAGCUUUUCUUUUCCCACUCCUAUAAAACAACAUCCUGCUACUGUAACCAUCUGUGUGAAUGACAGUGUUUGUGCAGAGUAGAAGCAGGUGUGUCGAGGUGGGUUACAGUAAACCACAACAGACAAUGCUUUUAGAUGUUGUCCUUAUGAAAGGGCUCCUCUGAAACAAAGUUGUGCAUUGUUGGAAGUCAGGAGCAUGUGCAGAAAAAAAAGAGCUGACUUUGAGAGCAGGUGUUUGAUUUUAAAGGUGUGAACCACAACAGAGAGUAGCAGCAACGGUCGUCAGGGGGAUCAAACCCCAGCAGAACUAGCACACCCUCAGGUUAGGAGAUGAGAUAAUCCUGCAUCCUCAGGAUCUUUGCAUGUAUGUGAGGAAACAUAAACAUGAAAAAAAAAGCAAACUUCCCUAUCCGUUUGCAGUUUGUGUGCAUGCAUUGGUACAAACGCAUGUAUGUGUGUGGUCCUCUGUACGAGCCCAUCCAUACACGUGUGUCAUCAUGUUCACACAUUUGUCUUUGCUUCUCAUCUAGCAGUGCCUGACUCUGUGCCUGUCUGAGCGCCAAGCCAAAAUAAACGUCUGAGGCCAGCAGAGUCAGAUAUGUGAACUAUCUGUCUCUGCAGUCUGACCUGUGAGUGUGUGUGUUCAUGUUUCUGUGUACAAUCGUGUGUGUAAGCCCAGACCAAGCCUGUCUCCUGGGUCUAAUCUGGGGCUCUACGGGGGAGAUAUCAGGUUUCUGUUGCCCUCACAUACAUCUAUAUGCAAGUCCAUGGCUCUGAUAGAAACACUGGGGAUUGUGUGUGCUUCACUGGAGUAUGGAGGCAGUGUGUGUGUGUGUGUAUGUGUGUGAUGACAGGUGACACAAAACCUGUCAGCAAAAGACGGCGUCUAGACCGGGUCAGACCCUUAAACUCUCUUCCCUUUGUCAGCUUUGAAAAAUAAAUGAAAGAAGAAAGAGUAUCAAGACAGAUGAAGGAAAAUCACUCAUCACAGCCAUAAAGGGACCUAAUUACAACCUAAACAAGUAAAGCCCAGAAAUAAAUGUUUGUAUUGUCAGAAGUAAAGUGAUACGUGUGUCACUGAGUGUGAUUGAACCAUGUUUUCAUUUUGAGGUCAUACAUUUUUAUUUUAAUAUGCCUUACAGGACAGUUUGACCAAUCUCUCGUUUCGUGGUUCUGGCACAUGUGCAAGAGGACGCUGUUGACCACUCCAGAUUUAGGCUGUACUAAAAUGAGAUCACAUGUAUCUGCUGGUGAAUGAUUAAAUGAUUUUAUGAUAGAAUAAUUUUCUCCAUUUAAAUUCAAAAUUGGCAUGAGAAAUUGAAUUCCUAUAAAGGGAUUUUUGACAGGCUUUGACAGACCAUUAUUGACAUGUUCAUUAUUUUCUAUGGGGUUAUUUUGUCUUAUGCUGGGCUUCUACCAAACGAUUUUCACAGUCCCAGACUAAAAACUAAGAGUCUCCAGUAAAUCAGGGAGUUUUACAGUAGUCACAGCUGAGUCACAGCAUUCUGCCGUCAUCUCGAUCGUAAAGUUUCGUUAAGCAUCUCGAUCAGUCUUAUCCUAGUUUUGGGUUUGUGAUAAUAUCGAACGUGUUUGAUAUUAGACAAUUUUUUAGAGUCUUUAGUCACAGCCUAAUCUCAGACUGAAUCUUGCAGGGUCACUAUUUACAAGACUACAACUAGAUUCUUCAGCUGUGUGUUCACAUAUGACGACUUAGAAGCCGUUAAUGCUAAUACUCGACACACAAUACUCGGUGCAGCCCGUGUGUGCGCCGCACUGAUACAUCCUGAGUCUGAGGUAGAGUGUAAACUCUAAACAGAUAUACCACCUCAAACUUAACAAUCGAGAAGACGGGAGCCCGCUGUGACUGCGCUGUGAUUCCAGUACAACUCCUAGAUUUACUUAAGGCUUCAAGUUUUUAGUCUGGGACUGCGAAAAUUGUUUGGUGGAAGCCCAGCAUAGGCUGUGACUAAAAGCUCUGGUGGAUUGCUGGCCUUAGACCUGUGCUGUAGCAUAGGUAUGAAGCAAAGUGAUAAGCAGCAGAGACACAGCAGAGGUUCUUGUUAACCACAAUCAGACCACAAAGGCUGCUGAAAUUGUUUAAAAAGUCCUGAAAAGUAGGUUAAAUACAAAAUAAAAGACAAAAAGUCUAAAGUGUAGAUUAAAGAUGUUAAAGUGCAGAUCAGUUUUGUGUUGAAGUGUGACACAAGUGACACUAAUGUCCUUGAAGAAGUCAAAGACAAGCAGAAAAAGAAGGUCUGAAGGCUUAAAACAAUGGCUGCCUCCACUGACUAUAACAAGUACUGAUGACCGCUGAUUGGCAGAGAAUUAUCACCUGGCUGCAUCACCUCCAGUCACUGUGGUGACCCUGCAUUCCACAACCACAGAGGCCCACACGUUGCCACGGCAACAGUGCAGACAAACAGUGAUGCACAAAACUUGCUUUGAGUCAGGAGUGUCGUUUCUGUGGUGGUGGUCAGGAAAAAGUGCUACUGACACAAAUAUGCAAACAAAUACAUCAUCACUGUUAAUAGGGCCUAACCUGGCCUGGCACAUGAUGACAGAGGCAGCAGUCAACCUGUCCGUCACUUUUUCCAUCUUCAUUCUGUACUCAAUGAACUACCAAAGCCUUUGGAGCAUUUUUUGCCAUAAUUUUUCAAAAUUAGCUCUGGAAGUUGUUUAUUUUUUGACGUCAUGCACCAAAUCCUUUACAUCCAGCCGUUGAACACGUAGUUAAAUAGAAGUAUACAUCCAUAUAAGUCAGAGUUUGUCAUAUCAAGCACUGUCCUUCUCUCCAGACAUGAGCUCUAAAAGACGACCUUUUACAAAACAAAGUGACCUUUCAUGUUGUUGGAAAGCGUUCUGAAUGCCAGCUGAAUGAGCCAAAACACAUUUGUAAACAAGUGCUUCUGUCCACACUCAUACAUAAUGAGAGAAAAAAAACAAAACAUCAAUCUGCAGACAUUUUAUGGGAAACUGACAUUGAAGAAAGUGAUCUGAGUCAAAGUGAGCUCAAGUUUCCAGCACUUCAGACAAGAGACCAAUUUGAUCAGGGCACAGACAGAGCUCUGUUCUUUGGUUAAGGGUGCCUGCUGAUGGAUGGUCAAUCCAGUAAACCGGGUUUUAUAUUUCAGUUUUCAUGUGUAGGAAACUACACUCUGAGGAUUUGUGUUUAUGGUUUUCAAAUGUCAUUUUAAUUUGACUGCCGCGGCACGAUAAUUGAUCAAAUUUGAUCAAUCUAAAUAUCUGCUGAACAAUCUGUAAACUUCCACUGGAUAAACUCUUCUGGUUUGUCUCUUAUUGGACCUCAGAAUGACACUUUUCUACAGCUAUAAGCCUGCUGUGCUCUACUUUACAUGUCUUCUGUCCUAUUUUGUCAUACAACAACUUUUGAAGUGUUUUUAUGCACACACAGAAAACAGUGCAUCGAUUUGUUCUGAGCUGCAGCACAAUUGUUUACUGAAACCCCAGACCCCCCUGCACCUGAUUCAAGGUAGAACAGAUACAAGUUUGAACUGGCUGUGUUUUAGUUUAAUAUGAAAACUGUCCAACAAAGAUUCACCUAAAUUAAGGCAGCCUGAGUGCUCUGUCUGCAGAGUCUGACAAGGCUCACACGUCUUUAUUUACUCAAGUAGCAUAUUUAAUGACCUCCAAACAAAGUGGGAAAUUCUCUGUUGUCUUUUGGGGGACUGAUGUGUAACUUACAGUAUGCAUCUUGUAAAGGAAAUUUUAUAACUAGUUGCAUAGUUAAGGACCCAUGUUGCACAGCUAAGCUCAUAUAAGAUCAUUCUUAGUGGAGAUGACUUUCCAUUCAAAGAAAGUGCUAUCAGACCAGACGUUUCACCUCCAAUUUCCCUCUCUUGCCCCCGAAACAAUCCAACAGACCCUUACACAAUUUUUUUUUAUUUUUUUAAACUGAAAACAGUAAAUGAUGAGUGUUUGCAUAGAAAUCCUUUAUUUAUCCUUGAAGUACAGAUUUCCAAAACAGUGUGUGUUCACUUCACAGCUACUGUGAGGAGAUGGUGCCUCUACACCCGUGUCUGCGGCUCAUCAGUAACUCUGAACAGACUCUCUCCAGCCACACAUCACGACGUCUCAUCACCAUGGAGAAAAUCAAGGAACCUGAGGUGUGUUCAUAUGAAUUUAAAAUAUGUUGGCGUUUAAACUUAAGGAUGUGUAGACUGUUGUAUUUUUGUGCUUUUUAUUUUUAGAUUUGCCCAUUUCUAACCAGCACUUGUGUGUGUGUGUGUGUGUGUGUGUGUGUGUGUGUGUGUGUGUGUGUGUGUGUGUGUGUGUGUGUGUGUGUGUGUGUGUGUGUGUGUGUGUGUGUGUGUGUGUAGUUUUGACUUGAUGAUUUUAUCUCCUCUGGUAUAUUUUGGGGGGUGGUUUUAUCUGCUUUUGUUACCUGCUUUCAUGGGGCUGCUGCUGAUAUUUGCAGGGCCACACAUUCCCCUACUUGCUUGCAUGCUUUUGUUCUAAACACUGUAAUCAGAGAGUCAGCGCACUUAAAACAAACUUAAAGCUCGAUGGUGGUUUACUUGAGGUCCAGUGCUUCCAAGUAAGUGCAAGUCUAGUUGCGGUGUUGACACUCUUAAUGUGUCUUAAAGUGGCGGUUCUCAUCUUUAAUCACUGAAGGAAAAGGACAACGUUUCAUUUAAAGAUAUUUACCUCAUCCUAGGGCUGCAUGAUUAAUCAAUUUUAUGAUGAUGUCAAAAAAAUUAAAAUCAUCAAAUUGAUUUUCCUCUCUAACAUGUCUCGGGCCUCCAGGCCAUCGUAGGAUCCCCCUUUCUGCAAGAGUGCUCCCCAGUUCCUGCACACACCAGUGUAAACAUACAUGACGUUUGCAAAAGAAGGCGAUAAUUUUGUGGCUAAAAUGGGCGAGAGCAAGUCAGUCGUGUGGUAUUGGUACGGCUUCGCAGUUUUGGAUGAAGAGCAAAUCACCCCCCGCUGCAAAAUUCAGGAGUAAAUGCUAAAUUUUUUGUCACAUUGGCGUUUCAUCCACAUGGGAACAGCGUUUUAGUUGACUGUAACCAGUACUCUUUGAAGAGGAUGCAUAAAUCUGUAAACGACUACCAUUUCACUUCUGUGUAGAUGCCUAUCUGCAUCUCUUGAAACAAUUAUGUCACAAACAGCGUAACUCUUUAAUGGCGCCUGCGUGUGUCAGGCCAAAACAACCUAUAUACGCAGGCUGUGUAUUCUUCUCCUGUCUUUUGUGCAUCUCCUCGGCAGCAUUACAGUGCCACUUACUGGCAUAUGCACUAAUUCGUUUCCAGUGGUUUCGUUUUGAGAGAUGAUAAACAAACUUAUUAUUAAAGCGAAGUUUGGAUAAGUUGUCACUAAAUAAAAAUCGAAAAUCGAGUUUUUGGAGAAAAAAAAUCUGGAUUUUGUUUUUGGCCAAAAUCGUGCAGCUCGACCUCAUCCAAACAUCCAAACAAAUCAGUAAAAUCCUCUUUAUUACCCUGCUCGAGUUUAGGUCAUGUAUGGUUGUUGCUCAAAGGUAAUGCACAGCAUAUCUGCCCAGUAACAACGAGUGUCUGUGUGUGUGUGUGUGUGUGUGUGUGUGUGUGUGUGUGUGUGUGUGUGUGUGUGUGUGUGUGUGUGUGUGUGUGCGUGUGUGCGUGUGUGUGUGUGUGUGUGUGUGUAUGCUGCAGCGUUUGCUCACUGGGUUUGUAUUUGUGAGCACAAGCAGUAUCACAGAUAUGACUCAGUUAAUGCGAAACUAAAGCAUGUGUCAGCCUGCCCGUGUUAUCAUGUUAUUUAAGCACAGUUCACGAUAAUGUUUGUACAUGCGUAACCACAUAAGUAUUGUCAUGUUCAUGUAUGCUGACUGCGCAUAUGUAGUAUGUUCUUAACAUGUCAUCCCACAGCAGUAAUGGUGUCUCUGUCUGUCAGGGGUAAAUCCUCACCAUCUGGUUGUGAUUUUUUUCUUUUACAGUCAUAAACCCUGAAUGGCUCAAUCACACAUCAUGUUGAAAACAAUCCAUCUUUGGAUCUGACUUUCAUUUCACUUCAAAACCCUAAAUUGUUCCCAUAACAGCCCUGUAUGACACACACAGAGAAACAUUCAGAUGUUUCAUCUUUUAUGGCUUCUAUUUAUCAACCUACCUAUAUUUAUAUGUUCAUUUUUUUUCUUCUGGAGGUAUUUCAUUGCACACAUUGUGCACUCAAUCACUGGGGUUCACUUCUCUGUGUAUGUAUAUGUAUAGUUAAUGUGCAUCUGUCCUCAACGAUGCUGAUGUUUUGACCGGUAAUGGGCUAGUCUGAUUUUUGUAGAUGUUUUGUGUCCAGAAAAGUAUCUCUGAAACUUCAUUUUUUCUCAUUUUUGUUGCAUUAUUUCAUGCAAAAUUCACUUAUUAUUAAUCCAAUACAACAAUAGAUGCGUGCACCCCUCCACCUGUAUGAUUGUUAGCAGAGACUGAGUUGAUAUAACCACAGUUUAAUUUGUUUAUGUCCUGUAACUCUCAUUAAUUUGAAGUCAUGGUGAUGUAGUCAGUCUUGGUUAUUUUCCCUUUCGUGUGGUCAUGGAGACUGUAUCCAGGUGGCUUGGCAGCAUCACUAAACAGAAGAGAGGUGUUGCUGACAAAAUACAGGCCAAACGCUGGAGUCAUCACUUCCACCUCUACUCACCUCAUUAGUCCUCUAACCAGCACAUCUCUUCCUGCCUUUAUCCCUCCACUGACCUCCAGCAGCUAUUUUACAGCCAACACAAACUGUUUAACUCUAGGAUUCCUGACAGCUCAGAUUCAUUAUGAAUACACAGGAAUAAGGUCCCGUUCCUUCACGCAAACAUGGAAAAAGUGAUACAGUAAUUUCACUGACAGACGGUAUACCUGGAGUAAAUUGUUGAAUGGAAAAAACACGGUAUGAUUAUCAUAUUCGGUAUAUUUGUAAUUAAUAGAGAGAUGUGACAUGUCUGAUGUACAUUUCUUGAGGAGUGUUAAAACAGUGUAGGCUGCUAUCAAGGUUUUUGUUUUUUUCAUGACAUGCCUAAUUCUGUCAUUUCUAAGGCUGUUUAUUCCUGGAAGCUUGAUAGGCUUGUGUACUUUUAAAGGAAAGUAAACAGAAAUAUCAAACAGGUGUCACUGAGGAAAACAUAGAGCAGGUUCAGGUCCUCAUCAGUUUAAAAACCUGUACCACUUUGUCUUUACAGGAACUGGACAGCCUGGCUCAUCUAACAGACCCCCGCUUUGGCCCCUACCAGGGGCACGACACCUUCAGAGAGAAGUAUUUCAGUGGGCUCAACAAAAGGGGUGCCAAGGAGGAAGAUAAAUCUGAUAUCAAUGGAGAGUGAGAAAGUUCACCACCUGCAAUGAAAAAAAGUUUUAACUGGACUGAAGGAAGAAAACGUGAUUCUCAAUCUAUAAUGUUAUUUUUUAUUAUUAUUAUCACUGUUCGAUUGUGAUUUUUUAUUACUUUGCAAAUAAAUGGUAAAUAGAU